AUGGCAUGUGCUAAGUCUUGUCGCUCGUUCGAUGCUGUCGAGGACGCUAAAGUCUUGGAAAAGGCAAUGAAGGGCCUAGGCACAGACGAAAAGGCUAUCAUCGAAGUUCUCACUUACCGAUCUGCGGCUCAAAGACGUGAAAUCGAAGCCGCAUACAAGGCCCAGUUUGGCAAAGAUCUGAAGAGGGAGCUCCACAGUGAACUAAGCGGCAACUUCAGGCAGGCCGUUCUGUGGUCCUUUGGCGACCGCGCCCAUGUGAACGCACAGGCUCUCUUUAAAGCCAUCGACAGACCAGGCACGGAUGAAAGAAUGCUCGUUGAUGUGUUGUGUACUGCAACCAAUGAGGAAAUUCAGGAAAUCAAGGAAGCAUAUCAAGACGUUUUAAUCCAGAACAAAAAGAACACCUCGAAACGAAAUCUAGAGGAGGACGUUAGGAGCGACACUUCGGGUGACUUCAGAAAAGUGCUCAUUGCUCUGCUUCAAGCAAGUCGGGAGGAAGGCUGUGAUGAGGCCCAGGCGAAGGAAGAUUGCGAGGCUCUUUACCAAGGUGGCGAGGCAAAACUCGGUACAGAUGAGGAAACAUUUACACGAAUUUUCUGCACAAGGAGUUGGAAGCAAUUACGCAGAAUAAAUGAACUCUACAUAGAGAACUACGGUCACGACCUUAUCAAGGCUAUUUCGAAGGAAACCUCGGGAGACUAUAAAAUGGCGUUGACACGGAUAAUGGAAACUGCCCACAGUGUAAAGAAAACAGUUGCUGAGAUGCUCUACAAGAGCAUGAAGGGAGCUGGAACUAAUGACGACAAUCUAAUUCGCAUUAUUCUGGCUUAUUCUGAGCACAACCUCGCCAGGAUACGAGAAAUUUUUGACAUUACGUACGAGAAGACGCUGGUGAAAAUGAUUGAAGGUGACACUUCAGGUGAUUAUAGAAGAUAUCUUCUCGCGAUUCUGGGAUAA